AUGCAAAAGAGUAUGAGUAUACCCAUCAAAUCGUUUCGACUACUGCAUAGACUAUUUGCAACAACAUCACCGAGACUGAAGAUCGACUUUAGCCAAUUUGAUCAACUGUUUAAUUCUCGAGCUAGACCGGAACCAAAUGCUAGAUUCAACCAAUAUCCCAACCAUGCUCGAACUAGACUGCAAGCUAGUGACGCCCCUAGGGAAUAUAGACUGAAUCAUGCCUCACCCUCUUCAUCAUCAUCAUCAUCAUCAUCAUCGUCCAACCGAGUGUAUCUGCGGUACGGCGCCAAUCACCGAAAUGAUCGGAUGAGCUAUAGGGAUCGAAAUGAUCGCAAUGACCGAAACAACCGCAGAGACGAGCUUCAUCUCGAACAAGUGCUUUCACGAGGAACAGAAACAGCACAAGCAGCACUCAAGUUGAUCUUGCUGCGUAUAUCAGAGCAAUCCCCCGAUUUCACCGUGGAAACAAUAACUCCCGGAAAAGGGGUCACCACAUGCAAGAUCCACACGAUCUUAUCCCAGCUCGAUCUCAGCAAGGAAGGAAUCCAAGUCACCCAUCGACCUAAUGUCGCUUUUCCUUUAGUCAAGUCAUGUCCCGUGCUGCACAUGAUGAGAGCUUAUCAAGAAGAACGAUCCGCUACCAAGGAGUUGGAACUACUCAAAGCGGGCUCGUUUAAAACCAUCAAGUCCAUCGAAAACAAGCUCAAAGCGAAACAAAAGCAAAGCAAAGAAAAAAGCGUGUAUGUCAGCUGGGGCAUCAACAUUAAUGAUUUGAGAGGACAGAAAUUUCAGGAGAUCCAGCGGAGGAUAGAAGACAAGGGCGAAAAAUUGUCGUUGUACAUCGUGCACGAUAAAUCCAAGCCCAAUUUGCACGUGCUGGCGGUGUAUCGCGAUCCGCAGACGCUAGAGUUGGAAAUGAAGAGGAGAAACAUGGUGGUGGACGUGGUGGAGCUGUUGAUUGGCGAUGAAGUGUUGGGCUGGAAAUGGAGCCGCGAGGGCACGAUUGAAACGAAAUUGGUUUAUUCGAUUGUGCCUAACCCGGCCGUGGUGGCUGCGCGGGCCCUGACGAAAAAGGAAGCCAAGGCUGCCAAAUUAGCUAAAGCGGAAGAGAAAAAGAGCAAAUCCAAGUAUAAUAAUGGUGGUGGUUUACCGUUGCUGAACAAAAAGACAACGAGCGAAGAGGAUUUAGAUGCGCUUUACCUGAUGAAAAUUGAAGAUUAG